UAAUCGCCUCACUCUUCAUAGAGCAUAAUCGCGAUGAAACUAAAACUAUGUACAUGCGCAGCAAUUGGUUUCCUCUUUACAGUUAAAAUUGUCUAUUUACAUCUUCUUAAAAACUGGUAAAAACUGGCAAUGUGUCUAGUUGAUGGUGAAUGAGGAUGAUGGUGGCCGGAAAGAAGCUGUUCUGGUACACACAGAUUUCUUACAAGUGAGCUGGAUGAGUUGUUGUGGGUUGCCUCUUGAUGUUCUUGCAUUACGUAGCGGGGGAUCUGAUGUGACAUCUACAAGGUUAUGCUUGAUCUUGUAGAGCAUGGUGCUGCUCUUCUUUGGACCAUCUCUAGUUCGUUGAUGUGGCUGUCAGCAGCAGGUGACCAUACAGAGGAGGCAUACUCGACGCUUGACCGUACGUAGGUGUUGUAGGCUUUGGCUUCUGGUGGGCUUGACAGGAUGAUUCGGCGCAGGAAAGCUAUAAUAUCUAGAAUAGACCUGGCACCAGUGGAGUUGUCGUAAGGUGACGCAGUCCUUGUUUUUGGAUUCUACAUUCUAACAUCCUUAACUCUAUUUUACUCGAAAGAUGGCAGAGUCAGAAACUAUGAGGUUUGGAAAGACAUUAAGUUCACAGCCUAGCACAUCAGGACUUGUGAAUAUUGUACACAAGAAAUCUUCUGAAAAUGUACUGACAACAAAAGAAAAGACAUUGACAGAUGACGUCUUACCAGAGAAAGAGCGUAUUUGGAAGGCAGACAAUAUUGACAAGCCGGCUGAAUUGGAUAAUGAGCUAUGUGGCACCAUUCUUAAAGUCAGACCCGAGGAUGUAGAGGAGGAUGCUCGGCCAACACUUGGUGAUACUCAACCAGUAGAGGAGGAUGCUCGGCCAACACUUGGUGAUACUCAACCAGUAGAGGAGGAUGCUCGGCCAACACUUGGUGAUACUCAACCAGUAGAGGAGGAUGCUCGGCCAACACUUGGUGAUACUCAACCAGUAGAGGAGGCUGCUCCGCCAACACUUGGUGAUACUCAAACAGUAGAGGAGGCUGCUCGGCCAACACUUGGUGAUACUCAAACAGUAGAGGAGGAUGCUCGGCCAACACUGGUAGAGGAGGCUGCUCGACCAACACUGGGUGAUACUCAUACAAUCGAGGAGGCUGCUCGACCAAUACUUGGUGAUGCUAAACCUGUACAGGCGGAUGCUCGGUCAACACUUGGUGCUACUCAACCAGUAGGGGAGAAUGCUCGGCCAACACUGAAAAAUCCCCUCUCUGAUAAAGUGUUACCCCCAAGAGAGAAACGGGUAACACGCCUCUUAAGAGAGAGUAAUGUUCAACCAGCAAAAGAGGAUAUUCAACCAGAAAAGCGUAUUCCUCAACCAGCAAGCAUGUUCCUCGACCAGCAGAGCAUGUUUCUCAACCAGCAGAUGUUCCUCAACCAGCAGAACAUGCUAUUCAACCAACAGAGAAUGUUCCUCAACUGGCAGAAUGUGUGCUUGAACCAGCAGAGCAUGUUGCUCAACCGGCAGUGUGUGCCUCAACCAGCAGAGCCUAUUCCUCAACUAGUAGAGCGUGUUCCUCAGCCAGCAGAGCAUGUUCCUCAACCAGCAAAGCCUUGUUCUCAACUAGCAGAGCCUAUUCCUCAACCAGUAGAGUGUGUUCCUCAAACAGCUGAGCAUGUUCCUCAAACAGAACCUGAUGCUCAACCAGCAGAACCUGAUGCUCAACCAGCAGAACCUGAUGCUCAACCAGUAGAACCUGAUGCUCAACCAGCAGAACCUGAUGCUCAACCAGCAGUCAAUUUUGAGAAUGUCUUUGCAGCUUUUGUUUCUGGAAUAGUAGUUGGCAUUUAUAUUGAAAGAGUCCGCAAUGCUAGAGCUGGUUAUGUCACUGCUAUAGCUGAUGCUAGCAAUUCUAUAACAUAUGUAUGCAAUGCUCUAGCAGGUGUUGGCACUGCUGUUGCUCGUGUUGGCAUUGCUGUGGCAGGUGUUCACAAUGCUAAUGCUUAUGUCGGAAAUGUACCUUUUGUUGGCACUGCUAUAGCAAGAGUUGCAAAUGCUAUAGCUGAUGCCAGCAAUUCUAUAGCAGAUUUAUGCAAUGAUUUUGCUGCAGUUGGCAAUGAUGGAGCAGCUGAUAUCUAGAAACUUAAACAAUGCUUUUUGGAAAGAUGUUGUAAAGUGUAACAUUGAUUGUUAGCUCACCGUUGUCCCUCCACAUUUGUUCUUCAACACUCUAGUGGUCACAUUUUACCUCAAUCAUCAUCAAACUUUGUCAGGAUGCUUGUCUAGGUAAUUGCUCGGAUGAGUUAUAAACAUGGGUCAUCCCGGAUAAAGACUAGAGCACAGGACAUAAAAAUAGAAAAAUCUUGUUAACACUCUAGUGGCUACUGUUAUUAUCCAAAUAUCCUGGAAAUUGGUCUACAUUUGUUUUGAUUAUUUCUAGGUCAAGUUUGAAUAUAGUCAAGUCUUGGGUUUUUUUCUGUAUAAGGGUAGGUUGGGGAUUAUUUUUUAGCUUCUUUCUGCAGAUUCAUUUUUUUAAAAUGCUUGUUACUUGAAAAUUAUACAUUUGAAAUAUGUAUUACAUCUUUAUACCUAAGCUUUACCUUGCUGUACUUGGAAGUGAAUAUCAUUUGCCACCGUUAGCUGUAGAGAUGCCAGUCUGUACAUUUGGCAGUCUGACCAGGCUCUAGUCUAUAAUGUUGGCUUACUAACUUGAAAUUUUAUCAUGCUAUCCUUUAAAUUGAUAAUAGACUUUUCCAAAUUCAAAGCAAGGCAAAUCCAUUAGACAAAUUCAGUAGGGUAAGGAUCAUUUGGGUGACAUUAUUCAGUGUCUGGGACAUUUCGUACUGUAUUGAUUGCUUUAAUAUUUGAUAGUCCUUAGAUGAAUCAAAUCUAAACAGUCCGGCAAAUAAUCUAAAAUCAAAUAAAUCAAAUAAAAUCAAAUGUUUUUGGGAUACAUUUGAGCAUGUGUAUUGUGUUUUCAUGAAAUGAUCUUUCGUUUUGGUUUAGUAAAUCUUUGGGAAACACGAAGUUUUUACAAAGGCAAGAAGGCUAGAAAUUUUUUACUAAGUAUUAUUGAAGAUAAAUAACUUAUUGAUCCUUUAAGAGAGUUACAUGGCGCUAUAAAAAAUAUACAUGGAGACGCACCAACCCAAUACAGCAAGGUAGAUUAGAUUUUUUUCUGAUAACAAAUAAUUUAUAUCAGUUUGUACGUAAAUGUGACAUUGAUGCUAGUUAUAGAUCUGAUCAUUCAAUGAUAUAUUUGGAGUUUUGUUUUGUUCCUGUUAGUCAUGGAAAAGGUUUAUGGAAAUGUAAUAAUGCUCUUUUACAUGACAUUGAAUUCCUUGAUAUCCUUAAUAAGAAAAUAGAUGAAAUAAAAUUGCAAUAUUGUUUACUUGUAUGUAAUAUAGAUUAUGUUUUGGAUAUUGCUUUGAAUUUGUAACAUACGUUUACUGAAAUUUUGGGUUUAAAGAUAAAUUUUGACAAAACAAACGUUAUUUGGAUAGGUUCUCUUAAAUAUAGUACUAGAUCAAUUAAGACAAGGUGGAAACUAACAUGGGUUGACACACAGUUUAAAAUUAAGGAUAAACUUUUGAUGUUAUUUUAGAAAAAAUUAUUGAUCUGAAUUUUGAUGAAAAGCAGCAGAAAGUAAAAAAAUGGUAUUAGUCAUUGGGAAAUAAAGGGAAUUAACUCCACUAGGAAAAAUCACUGUUGUUUAGUCAAUAUUGCUUUCUUUUUUUAAUCAUUGUUUUACAAGCCUACC